GCUUGGCUCGCAAGACAGUGACUUGCUGCAGGACAAGACUGUCUUGUCCAUUGCAGAGAAACACGGUGUCGAUGCCGGUCGUGUGCUCAUUGCAUGGGGUUUGACGCGAGGCACCAGUGUGAUUCCCAAGUCAGUGACGCCGUCUCGCAUCCGCAAUAACUUCCAGGCACAGGACGUCAAGCUCUCUGAAGAAGACCUCGCAGCCCUCGCCAAGCUGGACAAGGCCCAUCGAUUUGUCAACCCUCGAUGGGGCCUCGACAUUUACCGCGACGGCGAAUCCAAAUUGUAGACUAGAGACGACACAUCUGUGGGCCCUAUGCCCCUGUCGCGCUGUAUCAUUGCUGCAUCUACAAAUCCAUAUGUCAAUCUUGCUUAUGAACAUCACCUCUUUCAGCAUACAAAGCUUCCAUGUCUCUUGCUCUACAGAAACCGCAAGUCGGUCGUUGUCGGACGCAACCAGAAUCCAUGGCUAGAGACAGAUCCCAAGCUGCUUGCAAAAAACAAGGUGGACCUUGUACGGCGGUACAGUGGAGGAGGCACAGUCUAUCAUGAUCUUGGCAAUGUCAAUUACUGCUAUAUGACAACGCGUCGAGACUUUACCCGGCUCUUUGCCAUUCAGACAAUCUGCGAGAUGCUCGAGGCCAAAGGCAAGGAUGUAUGUGUCAAUGACAGGCAUGACUUACUGCUAUCUGGUAAGAAGGUAUCUGGCUCGGCCUUCAAGAUUGCCAAGGAACGUGCGUAUGCGCAUGGAACGAUGCUGCUGUCUGCCGACCUCGCGAGCGUCAGUCCCUUCCUACAAUCAGCCAAGCGGAUACAUCUGACACACGGCACAGAGAGCGUACGCUCACCCGUGGCCAACCUUGAGAUUGACCACAACGAGUUCAUGCUCGCUGCUAGCCAUGCGUUUGGUUGUAUGUCGCCGCAAACGGUGAUCGAGAAGGAAGCCUUGGCCAUCUCAGACGUUCGCGAGGCAGCCGAGUCGCUGCAGUCAUGGGCAUGGAUGUAUGGACAAACGCCUCGCUUCAAAGUACAACUAGAGGACAGCUAUGAAGCCUCUAUUGUCCGUGGCCGCGUCGACGCCGUCUACAAAGACGGCGAAGCGGUACCACAUCCCCUCAUAUCCGAACCCUUUCAGUAAGGCGGUCGCGCCGUAUGCAACAUAGUCCGACGCAUACUUUCCUCGUGCUCGCGUUGUUGCUCUAGCUGUGCAUCUUGUUCCUCCAUGUGAACCACAAUCCCCGGGCCAUCCUUGCUUUCUUCUAGUAGCGUGACGCUCCGCCGCCUCGACAAGGGUUCAGGCUCCCAGUCCGAGGUUGCAGGCGAGUCUGCUUGAGCAACCAUCAGUGGUAGUCUCUCUAGCUUCUCCCGUAAUGCAGGCCCGAAUGCAUCGACAUUGGGUGGAUCUUCGCGUGCAGACUGCCAGCCAACAGGCGGACUGCCCGGCGGUGAGAUGAGCCAAUUGCGCUCAAGCGGCGGUACCUCGAGCCGGUUCGUCACGCAGACAUCCAUGUUUGGCGCGUAAAAGAUGCGUAUUUGACGGCCAGAAACGACAGUCUCUUGUAGACUGGCCCGAAGAUUGCGCGCCAGGUCGACCGUGGCGAAGGAAAUGAC